CUCCAGAAGCUGCGCCGUCGGCCCGAGAACGCGACGUGCGCCGACUGCGGAGCCAGGGGCACCGUGUGGGCCAUCGUCAACCACGGCACGUUCGUCUGCCUGCGCUGCGCGUCGGUCCAUCGCUCGCUCGGCACGCACGUGUCGAAACCGAAGGGCUGCACU